ACACCUCCUGGGAAGAACAUUUGGAAUUCACUUUUGGACUUUUUUUUCUUUCUUUCCCCUCACGGACCUCCAACAUCCCGACCAUGCAGCCAGUGCGUGUCGCGCACUGCUUCCUGCCGCUCUGGCUCUCCCUGCUCGGAUGCGUUUCGGACGUUUACGCGGGGCCCAUUUCGCUCAACUCCAACGCCAUCAAAAACCUACCGGGCGGCAAAGGCUUGGAGGCGGUCAGCCCGAGUCCACGCACGUCCGCACCCCCCGGCGUCGCGGGACACAAACCCCCCGUGGACACUUUGCAGCAGUCCGGACUCUGCACGGACGACGAGGACUGCGGAGGGGAAGAAUUCUGCAACGACGCCCGCAGCGUGUGCCUGCCCUGCCGCAAGAACCGGAAGCGUUGCGCACGGGACGCCAUGUGCUGCGCCGGAAGUCGCUGCAGCAACGGUGUCUGCCAGACUAAUGACAUCGACGCAGACGGCUGGCAUGUACCCAACAACACUAUGGAGCAUCACGCCAAAAGACCCGUCAUAGCGCAGGAGCCCCAUUCUGUCAAAGGUCAAGAAGGAGACACGUGCCUGCGCUCGGCCGACUGCGCCGAGGACCUGUGCUGCGCCCGCCACUUCUGGUCGCGCAUCUGCAAGCCCGUGCUGACCGAGGGCCAGGCGUGCACGCGCCACCGCCGGAAGGGCACCCACGGCCUGGAGCUCUUCCAGCGCUGCGACUGCGGCGACGGCCUGGCCUGCAGGCCCGAGAGAGGCGAGCGGGACCACGCCGUCAGCAGGACGUCGUCCCGGAACCUACACACCUGCCAGAGACGCUGACGAAUGAACACAAACCGGGUCACAAGACACCCGCCGAUUGCUGCUGACGGCCGAAACGGCGUGCAGGGAAGUGCACAUCCCGGCGAAAAGUGAUCCACCCCGCAGAUGGACUGAGGAAGUGGCCGGAUCAAUUUUGGAACGGCGUUUUUUUUGUUUCUGUUUUCAUGGAACUUGAGUUAUUGCAGUAAAUUACUGUAUUGUAAAUAGAUCCAGUACUGGGGGGGGGGUGGCACUUAAUUGACCUAUGUCAACACCUGCAUGCAGUGUAAAUGUGUUAUAUAUUGUUUUAUAAGAAAA